CCCCAGCGCAACGCUCAGCAGCCUCCCUCUUCUUCCCGCACUGUGCGCUCUUCCUGGGCUCGAGCGUCUGGAGCCAGUCCCGGAGGCUACCGCCACCAAGACAGGCGACGGGUCACCUGGACGCGAGUCUGAGUCCGGGUCCCGUCGUCGUUGCCGACGCAGUCACCGGGCACGACCGUGGGACUCAGUCUGACUCGGAUUAAUCCCGGAGAGCCAGAGCCAACGACUGCCGAGCCGGGAUGCGACCCUCAGGGACUGCGAGAACCAAGCUACUGCUGCUGCUGGCUGCGCUCUGCGCCGCAGGUGGGGCGCUGGAGGAAAAGAAAGUUUGCCAAGGCACAAGUAACAGGCUCACCCAACUAGGCACCUUUGAAGACCACUUUCUGAGCCUCCAGAGGAUGUUCAACAACUGUGAAGUGGUCCUUGGAAACUUGGAAAUCACCUAUGUGCAAAGGAAUUAUGACCUUUCCUUCUUAAAGACCAUUCAGGAGGUGGCUGGCUAUGUUCUCAUUGCCCUGAACACCGUGGAGAGAAUCCCUUUGGAGAACCUGCAGAUCAUCAGGGGAAAUGCUCUCUACGAAAACACCUACGCCUUAGCCGUCCUGUCCAACUAUGGAACCAACAAAACUGGGCUUAGGGAACUGCCCAUGCGGAACUUACAGGAAAUUCUGAUCGGUGCUGUGCGAUUUAGCAACAACCCCAUCCUCUGCAAUAUGGAGACCAUCCAGUGGAGGGACAUCGUCCAAGAUGUCUUUCUGAGCAACAUGUCAAUGGACGUACAGCGCCACCUGACCGGCUGCCCGAAAUGUGAUCCGAGCUGUCCCAAUGGAAGCUGCUGGGGAAGAGGAGAGGAGAACUGCCAGAAAUUGACCAAAAUCAUCUGCGCCCAGCAAUGUUCCCGGCGUUGUCGUGGCAGGUCCCCUAGCGACUGCUGCCACAACCAGUGUGCCGCAGGGUGUACAGGGCCCAGAGAGAGUGACUGUCUGGUCUGCCACAGGUUCCGAGAUGAAGCCACGUGCAAAGACACCUGCCCACCACUCAUGCUGUACAACCCCACCACGUACCAGAUGGAUGUCAACCCUGAGGGGAAGUACAGCUUUGGUGCCACCUGUGUGAAGAAAUGCCCCAGAAACUACGUGGUGACAGAUCACGGCUCGUGUGUCCGGGCCUGUGGGCCAGACUACUAUGAAGUAGAAGAAGAUGGAGUCAGCAAGUGUAAAAAAUGUGAUGGGCCCUGCCGCAAAGUUUGCAAUGGCAUAGGCAUUGGUGAAUUUAAAGACACACUCUCCAUAAAUGCUACAAACAUCAAACACUUCAAGUACUGCACUGCCAUCAGUGGGGACCUCCACAUCCUGCCAGUGGCCUUUAAGGGGGAUUCUUUCACCCGCACUCCUCCUCUAGACCCACGGGAACUAGAAAUUCUCAAAACUGUGAAGGAAAUAACAGGGUUUUUGCUGAUUCAGGCUUGGCCUGAAAACUGGACUGACCUCCAUGCUUUUGAGAACCUAGAAAUAAUUCGUGGCAGAACAAAGCAACAUGGUCAGUUUUCUCUGGCGGUUGUCGGCCUGAACAUAACAUCGCUGGGGUUGCGUUCCCUCAAGGAGAUCAGUGAUGGGGAUGUGAUUAUUUCUGGGAACCGAAAUUUGUGCUACGCAAACACUAUAAACUGGAAAAAACUCUUCGGGACGCCCAAUCAAAAGACCAAAAUCAUGAACAACAGAGCUGAAAAGGACUGCAAGGCCACGAACCACGUCUGUAAUCCUUUAUGCUCCUCGGAAGGCUGCUGGGGCCCUGAGCCCACGGACUGUGUCUCCUGCCAGAAUGUGAGCAGAGGCAGGGAGUGCGUGGACAAGUGCAACAUCCUGGAGGGGGAACCGAGGGAGUUUGUGGAAAAUUCUGAAUGCAUCCAGUGCCAUCCAGAAUGUCUGCCCCAGACCAUGAACAUCACCUGUACAGGCCGGGGGCCAGACAACUGCAUCAAGUGUGCCCACUAUGUUGAUGGUCCCCACUGUGUCAAGACCUGCCCUUCGGGCAUCAUGGGGGAGAACAACACCCUGGUCUGGAAGUUUGCAGAUGCCAAUAACGUCUGCCACCUCUGCCAUGCAAACUGUACCUAUGGAUGUGCUGGGCCAGGCCUUAAAGGAUGUCAACAACCAGAAGGGCCAAAGAUCCCAUCCAUCGCCACUGGGAUUGUGGGUGGCCUCCUCUUCAUAGUAGUGGUGGCCCUUGGGAUCGGCCUCUUCAUGCGAAGGCGUCACAUUGUCCGAAAACGUACACUACGCCGCCUGCUUCAAGAGAGAGAGCUCGUGGAACCUCUCACACCCAGCGGAGAAGCUCCGAACCAAGCCCACUUGAGGAUAUUAAAGGAAACAGAAUUCAAAAAGAUCAAAGUUCUGGGUUCAGGAGCAUUUGGCACAGUGUAUAAGGGUCUCUGGAUCCCAGAAGGCGAGAAAGUGAAAAUCCCUGUGGCCAUCAAGGAGUUAAGAGAAGCCACAUCUCCCAAAGCCAACAAGGAAAUCCUUGAUGAAGCCUACGUGAUGGCCAGUGUGGACAACCCUCAUGUAUGCCGCCUCCUGGGCAUCUGUCUGACCUCCACUGUCCAGCUCAUUACACAACUCAUGCCCUAUGGUUGCCUCCUGGACUAUGUCCGAGAACAUAAGGACAACAUUGGCUCCCAGUACCUACUCAACUGGUGUGUGCAGAUUGCAAAGGGCAUGAACUACCUGGAAGACCGGCGUUUGGUACACCGUGACUUGGCAGCCAGGAAUGUACUGGUAAAGACACCACAGCAUGUCAAGAUCACAGAUUUUGGACUGGCCAAACUGCUUGGUGCUGAGGAGAAAGAAUACCAUGCAGAGGGGGGCAAAGUGCCUAUCAAGUGGAUGGCUUUGGAAUCAAUUUUACACCGAAUUUAUACACACCAAAGCGACGUCUGGAGCUAUGGAGUCACCGUGUGGGAACUGAUGACCUUUGGGUCCAAGCCUUAUGAUGGGAUCCCUGCAAGUGAGAUCUCAUCCAUCCUAGAGAAAGGAGAGCGCCUUCCACAGCCACCUAUCUGCACCAUCGACGUCUACAUGAUCAUGGUCAAGUGCUGGAUGAUAGAUGCUGAUAGCCGCCCAAAGUUCCGAGAGUUGAUUCUCGAAUUCUCCAAAAUGGCCAGAGACCCACAGCGCUACCUUGUUAUCCAGGGGGAUGAAAGGAUGCAUUUGCCGAGCCCUACAGACUCCAACUUUUACCGAGCCCUGAUGGAGGAGGAGGACAUGGAAGACGUAGUUGAUGCUGAUGAAUACCUCAUCCCACAGCAAGGCUUCUUCAACAGCCCAUCCACGUCACGGACUCCACUCUUGAGCUCUCUGAGUGCAAAUAGCAACAGUUCCGCUGUGGCUUGCAUUAAUAGAAAUGGGAGCUGCCGUGUCAAAGAAGACGCCUUCUUGCAACGGUAUAGCUCCGAUCCCACCAGCGUCCUGACAGAGGACAACAUAGAUGACACAUUCCUUCCCGUGCCUGAAUAUAUAAACCAAUCUGUUCCCAAGAGGCCGGCUGGCUCUGUGCAGAACCCAGUCUAUCACAAUCAGCCCCUGCAUCCAGCUCCUGGAAGAGACCUGCAUUAUCAAAAUCCCCAUAGCAAUGCGGUGAGCAACCCUGAGUAUCUCAACACUGCCCAGCCGACCUGCCUCAGUAGUGGGUUUGACAGCUCUGCCCUCUGGAUCCAGAAAGGCAGCCACCAAAUGAGCCUGGACAACCCUGACUACCAGCAGGACUUCUUUCCCAAAGAAGCCAAGCCGAAUGGCAUCUUUAAGGGCCCCACAGCUGAAAAUGCAGAGUACCUGCGGGUGGCACCGCCAAGCAGUGAGUUUAUUGGAGCAUGACAUUGAAGAGGCAUUGUACCAGCUACAAACCGGACUUUCCAGAAGCCCAGGACCAAGCCAUGGCAGCACCUCUGCUCCUGACAGCCAUGUCCACAUUGUGUCAAAUGUCAAACCCUCAGACUGGCUUUAAAGCAUAACUCUGACGGGCUUUGUCACUGAGCCAAGAAGUGGGCCCCUCCCCUGAUGCUCUUUGGGAAGUUGAAGGUAUAUCUAUUGGUCUUCGAACUGUGAAGAUUCCACUGAAAGGUAUCCAUCGAGAACAUUGUCCUUUUGGAACAGAAGGUUGCCUCAUGGUGAGGUACAUAGGGGGAAAAAAAACAGACCUAUGGCGCUUGCUGCAUAGGGAACUCUGGGAUUCUUGUCUUUAUUGAUUUGAUUCAUGCACUCUUCCAUAAAGGAAGAAGCUUGCCCGUAGCGUGUAUUACACAGAGCUGCCUGGAGCCAACUGACCAGACAGUUGGUUCUAGCAGCUCUGCAUCAAGACACUUCCAUGGCAAGAUAACUACAUGCACAAGAAGUCCUGGAUGUGCUCAGCAGGCCACACUUGUACAGCAUUAAACCAUGGCAGGUACAAUAGGAUAAGCCACUUUGUUACUUACUGGGACUGGGAGAAGAAUGACUGGGUAGAAUUUUCCCUCAGACUUACUUUUUUGUAUAAAUAUGUCCCUGAUACUUAACACACGCUAGUUUACCAGUGUUUUCUGACUAUUAGACUACCUUUUAUGUUUUCUGUUUCAUUGUUUUGAGUUUUAAUAUGCUUUCCCGUUUUCAUUUCAUGAAGUAAACAAACAAACAAACAAGCAAAAAAAAAAAAAAACAGUAUUAUUAUCAAAGAACAACCAUGAUUCAAACCCAUUCGAACCAUCAGUAUUGUAACCCAAAGCCUUUAUCUAAGCUGGAGUAACCAUGCAAAAAUUCCUAGAAGAAAUUUAACCCAAAAUUUUUGUCUCAUCAUUGUGUCUUCUGAGGCGUGCAUAUGAGACUACGAAAGUGAAGCCUUUCCACCUUGCCUUCACCCCUCUACACCCCAAAACUAGUGUAAACCACACAUGGAGGAUAAAUCUUUUUAAUUUUUAAAGUGUUUACUGGUGAUAUGUAAACUCUCCCUGGUAAACUGCUGCUAAACAUUUUCUUUCCCUUUUAGAAAAAUGAUCUAAGCUACUGUGUAGUAAGGGGCAGCCCAUGGUAGGUUUGGUGUGCAGGUUUCAAAAAGAAGAAUGUUAAGAACCGAGUGGAAGGCAGUAUCUGUUUGAAAGUGGCAUGAUGACAGUGCUCCUAUGGAUGCUGACAGGGGUUGGGGGGGGCAGUGUUCCCAUGGAUGCUUGCAGCUGGGGAGGGGAUUCAUCCCCAAGUGAUCCUCACCAUCACUGGUGCAUCCGGCUACCCAAGAUCUCCUUACAGCCCAGUCGGUUAAUAGCCAUCUUUGAUAAACAAUAUUGUAAUGACCUCAGUAUCCAUUCCUUCCCAUUUACCAAGUGCUGGAUAGACGUGGACUCGUGAACACUAACCAUAAGGCAAAAUGAUUAGUGCCAGACAAGACAUAUCAGCCACAUGCCAAGAGCACAGAGCAGGAUGGUGCACUCUGUUGGAGAGAUCUAGAAAGUUCACAAAGGAGAAGAGAUUGCCCACUAUCUUCUAAGAUCUAAAGGUCAUAAACACCAGGGAAAUGGAAAGUAGUUUUCCUUAGAGCAGUGGUCUUCAACCUUCCUAAUGCUACAACCCUUUCAUAGAGUCCCUCAUGUUAUGGUGACCACCCAACUAUAAAAUUUUUUUGUUGCUACUUCAUAACUGUAAUUUUGCUACUGUUACAAAUCAUGAUGUAAAUAUCUGAUAUGCAGGCCAUCUGAGAGGGGUCAAAAGCCACAGGCUGAGAACCACUGCCUUUAAUACUUCAACCAAGACAGCAGCGACCAGGGGCUUUAUUAGUAAGUCAGGGGCAAGGCCAAGUCAAUCAUCCUCACAUGCUUCCUGUUCCCUCAGGCCUGGGAAUGAGGUUUGCAGCAUCUUCUGAGUGUCCUCACUGUUAUCCACUCUUGGCUGUCAUCUAUGAAAAUAGAUGUCAUCUAGGAAAUUAAGUAGUGAGGAGAUUAAGCAGCAUUUAUAGAGUUUGAAAUUCCAUGCCAUCGCCAGGAAACGCCAGGUCAAUCCCAGAGAACACAGAAGAAACAUUUAGGCAGAAUUUUUUUGCUCAAAAUUGGAAUAUAGAACAAGACACUUGGGUACCUCUGAGGAGCAGGUAGUCGGUGAGAGAAAGAUGUUGCAAGCCACUCAAAUCGUAGCAAUGAAACCCUAGUAUUUUUGCACUUUGAAAUACGUUCUUAUAACAAAAUAAAGUAGCAAAAACUAUUCAAACUUGCUUUUCUUCUUUUUAAGUAUUCAGCAUAAAGUUUAGUUACUGUCAGGACUAUGAUUAUGUGUGCCAGUAUGUCCUCACUGUGUCUGUGCAGGGAGUCAUGGGGCUGGGAGCGCUGCAGCUCAUGCUCUUUUGGGUGGCUCUCAACCUUCCUAAGGCAAUUCCUAAUACCUAAUGACCCCCAACCAUAAAAUCAUCUUGGUGAUACUACAUAGUUGAAAUUUUCCUACUGUUAGGAAUUGUAAUAUAAAUAUCUGAUAUGCCACUCCUGUGUGAGGGUCACAAUCUGUAGGUUGAGAACCAGUGUUUCAAAGGUACCUUAGCAGCCACUGGGGCAAAGGAAAGGUACAGAGAGGGGAGACACCAUGCUGGGAUGAUAAUUCUGUUAUCUCCCUGGCGGUCUUGGCUCGGCUUAUCUCUUCCAUAGUAAACCAGUCUCAUAGACCUCCCAGGGCAUCUUUCUACUAAUUGAUAUAUAUCCUAUCAUUAUACCCUAUGAAAAUUACUUUUUUACCUCAUGAUGAGAAAUGAUAAUCUCUUAAAUGCUAAAUUUGCUGUGAGUCCCUGCUACCAUGAGCUUUAUAGAAAGAAGCCCUGGGAAAGCACAAAACUGCAUUCCUGCUAAUGAUAGCACAGUUUACGCAUUUGCUGGACACUUUUUUUUUUGUUUCGGCAUCCCACCCCAUCCCCAAACUGUAGCCAUAAAAGAACCUGGACUCCUGCGCUGCAUACGCACUACAAAGCCCUGGGUCUUGGGCUGGGCUCCCAAGAGAAACUUCAGCCAGUACAGUUUCAACCUGAUGUUUCUUAAGCCUGUGGACUUUUCAGAGGACCUCCAGCAUAUGGCAAUAAACAUCAAAGUUUCAAGAGCCACUGCAAAAGGCUUGAUAAGUGAACCGUUGGAACUCAUUAGUGGCUGUCCAUCUGUGGUUCGUUUGUGUUGGUCCUUUGGUUGCACUUGUGUAAGACAAAGCUGGUACGUGAAGAUCAGGUGCCCGUGUCCGCCCUCACUGCAAAUGAAAAGUACCUGGAGAGCUUAGAAAGGCUUCUGCAGUCUUCAGUCUCAAGCAGUCAGAAUCCCAGAGGGGCACCCAUCCUUCAUUCUAAUUCUCAUCUGCUUCACCUUCAUCCACAGUAUAGGCCUGCAAAGUCAGGAUUAGUUAGGGACAGGCUCCCUGACUCACAGAGAGCAUAAUUUGCAGUUACCACUAUGCCUAUGAGUUCUCCACAAGUGUAGUCUUUCCCAAAUCCUCCCCUUUUUUUCCAGCAAAACCUUUAUCCUGAAAAAUGGCAGAUAUCUAAAUCUGGGCCUUGCUAAAGUCCUCGGACAUCUUGUUGAGGUCCUGGAACAUUGUGUGUUGUCUACGAAACAAGCCAUAAAAACCUACCACCUCCCACCUCUCCACAUCGAAUGAGCUGUUCCCACUUACGAAGCAGAUGUUGUGCUUAAUCUCUAGCUUCUUCGAUAAGCUCGAGUUUGUAUUACAGCAUAAUGAUCUGUUUACAUGUCCUCGCUCGGGGGCUGUAAAACCAUAGCUGAGCAGACAGCCCUCACUCUUUCUCCCAGCAGCGCCUACCAUCCCAGAGACAAAAAUUUUGGUACUGUUAAAGCCACAUGUAAACAGAAUUUGUAAAUGUAAAUGUAUUUUUGUAACUGUUUUUAGUAUAUUGUCCUCUUUACGUACCACUGAACUUUGUAAAGUAUAUUUUUUUAGGAAAUUCAGUUUUUUUUUUCUAAAGAAAGCUGUUUGCUUAGGAAAAACUGCAAUAGAAUCAAAAUUUGAAAUCGAAAUCUUUGCUUAAAAGUGGGCGAGGGGAGAAGUCUCUUUUCUCUUAGGUGAAUGUACAGCCUUAUUACAGAGCUAAGCUAGGUAGGUCACUCCCACAGCAGAUGACAGAAGGGUCAUUUUAGUACCUUUACAGGCAACAAAGACGCCAGGCACUUAAGCGUAGUGCUGGUCUGAGAAAAAGCUGUAGAUGCUGGGGCAAUGUCAACGCAGGGACUGCUGUCUGCUCAUCACCAGGAAGAAUUUCAAUGAGUGCCAUUCUCUGGCCAUCUGCCAAUAUGUAUGAGAUGUGACGAUACAACCCUUUGUUGGUUUACAUAUGCUAAUGAGACACUAACAACAAUUGUUUUGUUUUUACAGUUCCAAUGUCUUUCACUUACUAGCAUGCCCUAGAAGAGUCUGGAAAGCCACAAUACUAUUGAUGCUUGUCUGGAUUACUCACUAUAUUCCUGAAACCUAUCAUGUGCAAACACGGUCACUCUAGACAAGUCUUUGUCAGUCAUACACACACCAUAAAAUCACCUAGGUUGGUUUUACAACUCUUGAAAUUGGUGAAAUGGCAAUUCACCAAUCUGUGCCAACCCACUGACGUCCAUCUCCCAGAAGGAAAACCUUGACCUAUUAGUUUGACUGCAUAGAGCAGACCUUAAGACAAUUACUGAAUAGCUAGGUGGCUGUUGUAGGAAUAAAAUUCCAAGAAGAGGAAUCUUGCAUUAAGAAAUACACACACACACACACACACACACACACACACACACACACACACGAACAAGCACAUGCACCUGAACCUGUACACACACAUACACAGAUACACAGACAGAUGGGAUAAAACACUAAAGCAGCUAAUCCAGAUUUUUCUGCCGUGUGUGUGUGUGUGUGUGUGUGUGUGUGUGUGUGUGUGUGUGUGUGCUCACGUGCACGCACGCACAAUGAUCUUCCUGUCUUGCCUGAAUUACCAACAAAAUUACUAGGAGUCAUUAUCUCACACCCGCAGAAAAAUAUAAGAAACUAUUCGAGUUUAUACACGCACUUUUAAUUUGGAAAAGGUAAUGUAAUGUACUCUUUUGAUGGGAUACAAAGUGUUGUCACUGUAUAAGGCAACACCCCAGGAUUUGAUUGUUUGUAGACGUAAUGACAUGACUAACCACAGACAGCAGUAAUCUCAUGUUACUUUCAUUCUCACAGUAGCGUUACAGCUUCUCAUAUGGUACAUUGUAACUUUGUAAAGUCAUGCAAUAAUGAGAGCAAUAUUUGUACAAAUGCAAGAUCCCCUUCUACAUACUGUUGACUAGAACAUGUUGAUUGUACAUUAAGUAUUAAAAAUUAGAUGUAUGUUCUUCGUUGCUUGCUACUCCUAAGAACAUAAUGAUCUUCGCCUUUUUUGUUAGCAGUGCGCCGUACUUUCCGUUGUUAUUCAUAUCUUACUGUGGACACUCUUGACUUUUUCUUGUUUUCAAAUUUUAUUUUUUACUUAACUCGCUGAUUUUGUGGUGCUGUGUGGACCAAUGAGCUGUAUUCCCUACCCCAACUGAAAACAUUUUUUAAAAAAAAUUAAUAAACCUUAUUUUCAGAGGAGA